AUGCAUUUCCAAGCUUCCUUUAUAGCUACUGGUCUCUUUGCUGGCCUAGCUCUCUCCCAGAAUAUUUCUAUCACGACUCUACCGGCUGCCUCCUCUACUGAGAUGCCUUUGUGUGUCUUUGUGACAGAUGAUGUGGAGGGUUGCACUGGCACAUCCGAACCUUUCGCCGUUUUAGACAAUUGGAUGUGUGACAGUCCUAACAACCUUGGCGGAAGUGACCCAACAGGCACAGUUGGCCUCUGCGGUACCCAGGCCGACGGGUCAUCUGUUGCAAGUCUAUACAUCAACGACCACGUGGUUACGUACUACGACAACCAAAACAUUGACGACCCGCCUGUUUAUUGCUCCUUUACCGCAGGUUUGACGAUUGGUGCCACAUGUGUUGCAACGUUAACAACCUCUGGAACACCACCUGCGACUAGCGCUCCAACUUCUCCCUCUUCAUCUGCCUGGUAUUAA